AUCUAGAAGUGAGAGGGAGAGACGGUGAGAGUGAGAGUGUGAGUGGAGGAGUGAGGACCGGAGCUCCGACACUUUUCCUCCACUUUUCCGAUCAUUCUUCCAGUUAUCCCCCUCUCUCUUGCUGUCUCGCGCGCGCUGUGGAAUUCGGUCGGGAGUCUCGCGCAUAGUUGAACUGGAUCUGCAGAACCGGAGCCUGUGAGGAGUAUGUGAGGAAAAGGAGAAAAGAAAGAAAAAGAGACGGGGGAAUAGAGUGAAGAGGAAGAAGAAGAAAAGGAAGAGGGGGAAGACAGGAUGUGGAGGUGUCCGAGACAGAGCGCGAGCUCUUUUUUAUUACCGACCCGGGUUUACCGAACCGGAGCGGAUUUCCGGAGCGCGUGAAGAACAGAACAGAGGAAUUACUGAGUGGAUGAAGUGCAGAAGAGUGAGCUGGAUGAGUGCACGCGCAAGGAGAAAGGUCCCGGGCUCCAGAUGUCCCACCGCCUGAAAUUGUCCUGGGUUGAGACCCAGUGGAGUGUAACGGAGAGGAAAGGAGGAGUCGUGGGCUUCUCAGCUUCAGGGCUGCUGUUGCAAUUUCACACAGGCUCUGGGCCAAACGAGUCCUGCCGUGCUUUGAUAUUUUAGCAUGGAUGGCGCCAAUCACGGACCCUCUGACCUCAAGAACCAGAUCGUGGCGCUGAGGUGGAGGACUAGCAAUUAUCAAAGGAUUAACCCCGGACUUCCUCUCUGCGAACUGUGUAUUAGUGUGAUCCUAUAAAGCACCUCGCUGGAUUUACUUCUCCGCCUCCUAAAUCACAGAUUUUGCGGGUGGCUUUGAAUUUUUUUUCUUUUUCUUUCUUUUAUUCUCAUUUUCCCGCAAUGGAGUUCCAAGUCGGACUAUGGAAUAACGAUUGGACCUCAUUUGUUCGAUUUUGGUUCACGGUGUUGCUGAGUUUGCAUGUGCAGUUUGAUCCCGUUGCAUCAUGUCCCAAAGAAUGUCGUUGUGACAAAACGUUUAUAUACUGUAACGAGAGGAGUUUGACGUCUGUGCCUCUGGGGAUUGGGGAGGGAUACAAGAUCCUUUACCUCCACAACAACCAGAUCAACAGCGCUGGAUUUCCGAUGGAACUCCAUAAUGUUGCAUCAGUGGAGACUGUCUAUUUGUACGGGAACCAGCUGGACGAGUUCCCCCUCAACCUUCCCAGAAACGUGAAAGUACUCCAUUUACAGGAAAACAACAUUCAGACCAUUUCCAGAGCAGCACUUGCCCAGCUACCCAAACUGGAAGAACUGCACUUGGAUGACAACUCCAUCUCCACAGUCGGGGUGGAGGAAGGGGCUUUUCGGGAAGCGGUAAACCUAAAGCUCCUCUUUCUUACCAAGAAUCACUUGAGCAGUGUUCCUAUCGGAUUACCAGCAGAUCUUAAGGAACUGCGUCUGGAUGAAAACCGUAUCGCAGUGAUAGAUGAAGGAGCUUUUCAGAAUGUUACCAAUCUCCAGCGUCUGGUGCUGGAUGGAAAUCUUCUGGAGGAUGACGCCAUCGCUCCUGGUACCUUUAAGAACCUGGUCAACCUCAAAGAGCUUUCGUUAUCCCGGAAUUCUCUCACCAAGCCACCGCCUUUGCUUCCUUCGGUGUCUCUUGCUAAACUGAAUCUGCAGGAGAACCAGAUUGAAAGCAUCCCUGCUUUGGUUUUCUCCGAGCUCAGGAAGCUUGAGAAGCUCGACCUUUCUACAAACCAGCUACAGACUGUUCCACAGGGUGUGUUUGAUGGACUGAGCAGCCUUACACAUCUCAAUGUUCGGGGCAACCCUUGGCGCUGUGAUUGCGCUAUUAAGUGGAUUGUUUUUUGGCUGAAGUCCUUACCAUCUUCUGUGAACGUCCGAGGAUUUACAUGUCACCAACCAGAAAGGUUAAAGGGCAUGACCAUCCGAGAACUCAACCUUGAUGUCAUUCAGUGUCCAGCUGGUACUGAAAUUGACCCGUGGCUCAGUCGCUUACCUUCGUCUCCAUCACCACCUCAUAGAACCACCAUCCUACCCAGAACCACGUCCAUCACCACCAUGUCAUCCACAGUUUUCCACCCAACCACAACCAUUCCCACACUUCCGGUGCCCAAUUUCCCGCCCGCUCCCUAUCCACCCUAUGAAGACCCUUUGAAAAUAUCCUUGAAUGUGGUGAAUGGCACGUGUGUGGAGGUCAGCUGGGAAUCUUAUUUCACCGUGACGGCUUAUAAAGUCACCUGGGUCAAGAGGAACCAGAACUUAAUGAUGGAUAUUAGCCAAGAGAGGACGGUUCCUGGAGAGCAAAGGAGGCUUAACUUGUAUGACUUGGAACCUAGAUCCAAGUACCGCAUCUGUGUUUACAUUCUGGAUUCCUUAAAUAGUUACAGACCCGGAGAGGAUACCAUCUGUUCGGAGAUCAGGACCAAAUCGGCCUCUAGAACCACCAACAACUCGGAGUCGGAUCCGGUGGCGCAACAGGACGUCACAUCUACGUUCCUUUUAGCCGGCGUGAUCGGUGGUGUCGUGCUGCUCGUUUUGAUCAUAUUACUGAGUCUGUUUUGUUGGUACAUGCACAAGAAGAGCAGGUCUUCCUGUUCCUCGUCCAAAUGGAAAUACAACAGAGGCAGGAGAAAAGACGACUACUGUGAAGCCGGCACCAAGAAGGAUAACUCUAUCCUGGAAAUGACCGAGACCAGCUUCCAGAUUGUGCCAUUGAACAAUGAGCAGCUUCUAAAGGGCGAUUUCAGGAUCCAGCCCAUUUACACGCCCAACGUUGGCAUUGGAUACAGAGACUGCCACCUCAGCAACAACAGCAUUGUUUACUGCAAAAGCAGCAAUGUUCCUGGUGUGGAAUUCUGCCACACGUGACGCUAUGAGCUAUUUUUUUAAAGACAUAAUAAACAUUCACUGUACGAUUGUACAGUGCACACACACACACACACACAUAAACACAAACUCACACAGUUUUAUAUCGAAAGCAAAAUCUAACUAUGAAUAUAUUCCCUCAUGCUAAUUUAUAUCGCAGAUGUGGAAUUCAGCUUUGGGUUUGUUCUUUAUUUUUCUUAGCAAAUGGUUUUGUAAUUAGCAUGGACCGGUGUGAGUCCGUUGUGUUUGUGUAAUCAAGGCUGGUGUUAAGUGCAUUAGUCUAGGUUUUCUGCCUCUGGGGUGUGAACGUGGAUACCUCGCUAAGACCCUGAAUAUAAACCCCUGUGGAGAAACGGUAGUUAAGAUAACAAAGCGGUCAGGAAAAUGAAACGGCGCUGAUUAGCCUGCAAUGGAAACAAUAAUACAGGAGCAGUUUUUUUUAUUCUCUUUCCACUUUUUUCUGCAGUCUUGUUGUCGACGUGGCAGAGUGAAGCAGUUGUACAGGAAAUGAGCUUUUUGAGAAAGUCACAUCUGAACACGCUUACAACAUUUCAACACCACAAAAUCCUGCGAGGGGCCGAGAGAGAGAGGGAGAGAGAGAGAGAGAGAUGACCUACAAGCUGGUGGAGUGUUUGGUUUGGCGUCCUGCCAGCAGAGGGCAAGUUUUUUUUUCUCUAGAGGAUUCUUUCGACCAUUAACCAAACACUGCAGAUCCAAUCCCACUAAUUUCAUAUUGCUUUUUUUGUUUUCGCUGUCGUGUUUAGGUUUUCAUGUCAAACACGGUCAGAUAUUCAGAGGGCUGCCAGGGCUCGGUGAGGGUUCUGGAGCAGGUGUCUAUGAGCUCAUGCACUCAGCCUUGGGUCUCGCUCUGGAGGCUCCUUACAAAUGAUCUCAGACCAUUUAAAACUGUUCACCUAGUGAGUGCUGGAGUCUGAGAACAGACUGAACUUCGGUUCAUAUUUCGUUCCACACCUCGUAUAAUCAUCCUCUUGUAUCUGUACAGGGUAUCAGUUAUUGCCCGUAUUUUCCUCUCUUUUCCUUUUACCGAUCCAGCGCAGUCUAAUCAGGCAGCUCUUUAGGUAGGAUGAUAAAUUGUGGGGUAGAAAAAAAAAAUUCUUAAACAAGCUGGUGUGUGCCAGCGCUCGGUUCAGCCUCAGAUCCCUGCAUGAGGGCAAUUAAAACUAUUUUUAAUGCUGCGCUGGUUUUUCCGAUCCAGGGCGCCUGCUUAGGGACGCCGUGUUUUAUUUUAUUUUUUUACCAUGGCGGAGAACUCCUUAUCCUGCGCCGUUACUCUCUGACUUUAUUUGCUUUGACAAGAUUUUAUUUCAUGGGUCAAGUUCAAAGAAUCUCUCCCCUCUCGCUCAUAAGCCCUGGUUCUAAAAACAAGGCAAGAAAGAAAAAGAGAAAGGACGAGAAAUAUGCAGAGGUUAUUUUCGCCCUGGAGGAAUGAAUCGAGAGAGAGAGAGAGAGAGAGAGAGGGGUUGAUUAACUCUUUCUAGACCAGCAGGCUGAUGGUUUUGAGGAAAUAACCCCAGAACAUCCUCGAGCUCAGACGUGAUGUGAACUCCACAUGUUCCAUCUGUAAAAAAAAAGCCACAAGUAUUUUAUUGGUUGUAGCAAAAACAGAUGUGUGUCUCUGAGAAAGAAGAAAAGAGAAGCAGCUACUGCACUGUGUUCCAGACAGAACCGGCCCGCAGCUCUCAGUCACAUGACCAUGCUUCAUUCUCAACAUUUUAAACCACGAGGUGAAGUUCAUCAUCAGAAACUCAUCGAUUCCUCCGAGAACACAAAAAGUUCCCAGAGUUUAUUCUUUUAUUUAAAUUUAAUGUUAAUAAAAGUGGUUAAAGAGGAUAAUCAGCAUGAAGCUGUGUGUGUGUGUGUGUGUGUGUGAGAGAGAGAGACUCAUCAGUGUGGGUUUUUACUGCUCUGCUGUAAUGAUGCAGCCGCUGAACCACCAGUUUGUAGCUCUGAGGCUAAAGUAGCUCAGACGUAAUGGAAGCGUGUAGCCUCCAGUUUAGCACUGUGCACUUCUCCACUCUGCUGACCUUCUUACAGUUUGCACAACGCCACGUUCUCACGUUCUGACCAUUUUCAUCUGCGUCUCUUUCUCGCUCUAAAUUUCCUGAUCUUCAUAUUUAUUCUAAAAAAUUUUUAGAUUUUUUAAAGAUUUUUUUUAAUUCAGAGCCAAAACACUUCCUGUGUAGCCACGGUGAUUAACAGCUCAUCUGCUCACGCUCAGUUAGCGAUGAUGCUAACACUUCCUGAAAACCAGCACAGAAUCUCAGAGACAUUUGUGUACUCUGAGCUUUUAGUGAAGAUCAUUUAACAUAGCUGUGGAUUUAAUACAUCAUUAAAACUGUACAAACUCUCUCUCUCCCCCUCUCUCUCUCUCUCUCUCUCUCUCUCUCCCUCUCUCUCUCUCCCUCUCUCUCUCUCUCCCUCUCUCUCUCUCUCCCUCUGUCUCUCUCUCUCUCUCUCCCUCUCUCUCUCUCUCCCUCUGUCUCUCUCUCUCUCUCCCUCUGUCUCUCUCUCCCUCUGUCUCUCUCUCCCUCUGUCUCCCUCUCUCUCUCUCCCUCCCUCUCUCUCUCUCUCUCUCUCCCUCUGUAUCUCUCUCCCUCUGUCUCUCUCUCCCUCUGUCUCCCUCUCUCUCUCUCCCUCCCUCUCUCUCUCUCUCUCUCCCUCUGUCUCUCUCUCCCUCUGUCUCUCUCU